CAAUCACAACGUGCUACUCCCUUUUAGAUCGCUGGACAAGGCAUCACUUCCGCAUUAGACGGCAAGAAUCAAGCCAUGAGCGGACUAGAGAGCAAGGUGACGUCGCAGGAGAAGGCCGUGGCGGCCUCGGACGUGCGCGUGGAGGCACUUGAGGGACAGGUGGCUGACCUGUCCCCCUUCUCGGUGGAGAACUGGCCCGCCGCGCGCAUCCGUAAGACGUUCGUCGAGUACUUUGAGAACCAGAAGGACCUUCCGCAUACUUUCUACAAGUCUUGCCCCGUGGUGCCUCUGGACGACCCGACGCUGCUGUUUAUCAACGCUGGUAUGAACCAGUACAAGCCCAUCUUCCUGGGUCAGGUGGACCCUUCACACCCCAUGGCCAAGCUCGUGCGCGCCUGUAACUCGCAAAAAUGCAUCCGUGCUGGCGGUAAGCACAACGACCUGGAUGAUGUGGGUAAGGACGUGUACCACCACACGUUUUUCGAGAUGCUGGGCAACUGGAGCUUCGGCAACUACUUCAAGAAGGAGGCUGUGCACUUGAGCUUCACGCUACUCACUGAGGUCUUCGGCAUCGACAAGGACCGUCUGUAUGCUACCUACUUCGGCGGCGAUGAGAAGCAGGGACUGCCUUCCGAUGAGGAAACUCGCGAGAUCUGGCUCAACUACCUUCCUGCCGAGCGUGUGCUUCCUUUCGGCUGCAAGGACAGCUUCUGGGAGAUGGGAGACGUGGGUCCGUGCGGUCCGUGUACCGAGAUCCACUACGAUCGCAUCGGUAACCGUGACGCCUCCAAGCUCGUGAACGCUGACCUGCCCGAUGUUAUUGAGAUCUGGAACAACGUUUUCAUCCAGUUCAACCGCGAGCAGGACGGUAAACUCGUGCCGUUACCGCACAAGCACGUGGAUACCGGUAUGGGUUUCGAGCGUCUGGCUUCGAUCCUGCAGGGCAAGGACUCGAACUACGAUACGGACGUGUUUACUCCUCUGUUCGCUGCUAUCCAGAAGUCCACCAAGGCGGCUCCGUACACUGGUAAGCUCGGUAAGGAGGACCCGGACAAGAAGGACAUGGCCUACCGUGUGGUGGCGGACCACGUGCGUACGCUGACGUUCGCUAUCACGGACGGCGCUGUGCCCAGCAAUGACGGCCGUGGUUAUGUGCUGCGUCGUAUUCUGCGUCGUGCUGUACGUUACGGUCAGCAGUUCCUGAACGCGCCUAGCGGCUUCCUCACGGAGCUGGUGCCCGUUGUGGUGAACAUGCUGGGUGAGGCCUUCCCGGAGCUGAUCCAGAAACAGAAGGAGGUAGAGGAGAUUAUCCUGGACGAGGAAAAAUCUUUCGGUCGUACUCUGAACAAGGGUAUUGAGCGCUUCAAGAAGAUUGCUCAGGGUAUUCGUGAAGCUAACAAGCUUGUGGUGCCUGGAGAGGACGCGUUCUUCUUGUACGACUCGAUGGGUUUCCCUAUUGACCUGACAGAGAUUAUGGCUGAAGAGGAGGGUAUGACUGUGGACAUUAAGGGCUACGAGGAGUGCAUGCGUCUGCAGAGUGAACGCUCCAAGAUGGACCGCAAGAAGGGCGGCAGCAACGGUGCUCGUCCGCUGGUUCUGGAGGCCCGUGAGACCAGUACACUUGCUGGCAAGCACAUUAGCGCUACGGACGACAUGGCCAAGUACGAGUGGAACAUCAAGACUCCCGCGAAGGUGGUUGCUAUCUUCACUACCACCGAGUCCAGCUCGGACUUCGUGGACGAGGUGAAGGCUGGCGACUUUGAGCGUGUGGGUGUCAUUCUAGACAAGACGUCAUUCUACUCGCAGGCUGGUGGCCAGAUCUACGACACGGGUGUGCUGUCUGCGGCCAACUUUAAGCUGGACGUGGACUCUGUCGAGUCGUACGCUGGUUACGUGAUGCACAUGGGCCCUAUUGCUUCGGGCUCCAUCAAGGUUGGCGACUCUGUGGAGUGCCAGGUGGACUACGCUCGUCGUGCCAAGAUUGCCCCCAACCACACCAUGACGCACGCUCUAAACUUUGCGCUGCGUAAGGUGCUGGGCACUGUUGUGGACCAGCGUGGAUCGCUUGUGGACGAGUCGCGUCUGCGUUUCGACUUCACUAACAACAAGGCGCUGAAGCCCAACCAGCUCGCUGAAGUGGAGGCUAUUUGCGACGACAUUAUCAAGCAGCAGCUGGAGGUGUACACGCAGAACUCGGCUCAGGCGGAGGCCAAGCGCAUCCAAGGUCUGCGUGCCGUAUUCGGUGAGACAUACCCGGACUUCGUUCGCGUUGUUUCCAUUGGCCAGCCCAUUGCUCCGAUGCUUGAGGACCCGGAGAACAGCAAUUGGAGCAACUUCUCGGUGGAAUUCUGCGGUGGCACUCACUUGAAGAACACCAAGGAGGCCAAGAAGUUUGUGUUGUAUGAGGAAGGCGCCAUUGCCAAGGGUAUCCGUCGUGUGUCCGCCUACACGUGCGAUCUGGCUGUUGAAGCCGAGGAACGUGGUGCCAAGCUGCAGGCUGAACUCGAUGCUAUCGACAAGCUGGACGGCAACGAGUUCGUCGAGAGUGUGUCGGCCUUCAAGCCUGUGCUUGAUCAGGCGUUGAUCUCGCUGCCGUUGAAAGACAAGCUCCGGAAGCAGGUGGACGGUCUGGUGACCCGCGUCAAGAAGAUCAAGAAGGAGGCUGCUGCUGCUCGCGCUGCCAACGGUGUUCGUGACGCUACUGCUGAAGCCACGAAGGCCAAGGAGGCUGGACAGGAGAUCGUCAUCGUCAAGUUCGACGUCGGCACGGACUCGAAGCUUGGUCGUGAGAUGCUGGAGGCCAUGAGCACCAUCAUCCCCACAGGCAGCUUCAUGAUCUUCAGUACCGACUCGGACGCCAACAAGACGGCGGCCUUCACGCAGGUGAGCCAGCACCACGUCGACACUAAGCAGCUGGACGCCCGCAAGUGGGUGAACCACGCCAUGGCUGUGAUGAAGGGCAAGGGUGGCGGUAAGGACGCUCUCAACGCCACGGGUCAGGCCAAGACGGUCGAGAAGGUCGACGAGGCUGUGACACUCGCCAAGUCCUUCGUCCAGUAAGCAGGGGGCGACGUCGUUACGCUCUAACUGGUAAAUGUCAUGGAUUCUUUUUCCUGCAUAGAAUCUGUUCUACAUUUGUUUGGGAGCGGUUUGCAGCUCAACUACAGUGUCCAC